AUGUCUAACAAUCCCUUGGGGAUCUUUCUUCAAGGAAGUACGGGUAGAAAUACCCGGGGUCUUCUACGAUUGAUUAUUCUUUGCACAAUUGCUGCUGCCGCCGUCGCCAGUCGAUUGUUCAGCGUAAUCCGUUUUGAAAGUAUAAUUCACGAAUUCGAUCCUUGGUUCAACUUUCGAGCUACAAAAUACCUAGUUAAACAUGGCUUUUACAGCUUCUGGGACUGGUUUGAUGACCGAACAUGGCAUCCACUUGGACGGGUUACUGGUGGAACACUCUAUCCCGGUCUCAUGGUAACAAGCGGCGUAAUCUACCACAUUCUCCGGCUUUUGUCAAUCCCCGUUGACAUUCGGAAUAUUUGCGUCCUCCUUGCCCCCGCAUUCUCUGGCCUGACCUCCCUCGCUGCCUACCUUCUUACAUCGGAAAUGUCCACUUCACCAUCUGCAGGCCUUCUUGCUGCUGUUUUCAUGGGAAUUGCACCGGGUUACAUAUCCAGAUCCGUCGCGGGAAGCUAUGAUAAUGAGGCCAUUGCCAUCUUCCUUCUUGUGUUCACCUUCUACCUUUGGAUCAAGUCGCUGAAGAAUGGAUCUGCCAUGUGGGCUGCCUUGACGGCACUUUUCUAUGGCUACAUGGUCUCUGCAUGGGGAGGAUACGUCUUCAUCACAAAUCUACUUCCACUACAUGCCUUUGUGCUCAUAGCCAUGGGCCGUUACAGCCCACGUCUAUAUGUUAGCUAUACGACGUGGUACGCAUUGGGCACUCUGGCCAGCAUGCAAAUUCCGUUUGUUGGCUUCUCUCCUGUCCGUACUAGCGAGCAUAUGUCUGCUUUGGGCGUUUUUGGUCUCCUUCAGGUCGUGGCAUUCGUUGAUUUUGUUCGUCAACAGCUUCCGAGUCGCCAAUUCCAAACGCUCCUGCGCACACUAGUGCUCGUUAUCUUUGCGGUCUCGUUGGGGGCGUUGGUUCUUUUAACAGUCAGUGGUGUCAUCGCACCGUGGACUGGUCGAUUCUACUCCCUUUGGGAUACCGGCUAUGCCAAGAUUCAUAUUCCAAUUAUUGCUUCGGUUUCUGAACAUCAGCCGACUGCCUGGCCCGCGUUUUUCUUUGACCUGAAUAUGCUCAUCUGGCUCUUCCCGGCGGGAGUCUACAUGUGCUUCCGCAACCUCAAAGAUGAGCAUGUGUUUAUUGUCAUCUAUGCGGUUUUGGCCAGUUACUUCGCUGGAGUAAUGGUUCGCUUGAUGCUUACCCUCACCCCGGUCGUUUGUGUUGCUGCGGCAAUGGCGCUUUCGUCGAUUCUUGAUACGUUCAUUGUUGUAGAAUCUCCCUCCGCAGAAACGGCGGCAGCGAAUUCGGACAAGGACGACGUCAAGGACCCAGUCGCAGCUGUCGCGACCUCUCUGCGUUCAAUACGGAAUCCUCUUGUCGGUAUUUACUCAAGCGUCACCAAAUCGUCCAUUGUGGCCACCAUCACGACCUUCCUCCUUCUUUUCGUCCUCCACUGUACCUGGGUUACCUCGAAUGCAUACUCGUCGCCAUCCGUUGUCCUGGCAAGUCGACUUCCAGACGGAUCUCAGCAUAUCAUUGAUGACUACCGUGAAGCGUACUAUUGGCUACGCCAAAACACUCCUGACAACGCGAAGAUUAUGUCUUGGUGGGAUUAUGGCUAUCAAAUUGGUGGCAUGGCCGACCGUCCAACCUUGGUUGACAAUAACACCUGGAAUAACACUCAUAUUGCCACUGUCGGCAAAGCAAUGAGCUCCAGAGAGGAAGUCAGCUAUCCGAUUUUAAGACAACAUGACGUCGACUAUGUGCUGGUGGUUUUUGGCGGCCUACUAGGAUAUUCUGGAGAUGACAUCAACAAGUUUCUGUGGAUGGUCCGCAUUGCUGAGGGAAUCUGGCCAGAUGAGGUCAAGGAACGAGACUUUUUUACUGCGCGAGGUGAAUAUCGCGUUGACGAUGAAGCCACCCCCACGAUGAGGAAUAGCUUGAUGUACAAAAUGUCGUACUACAAUUAUAAUUCCCUGUUCCCCGCUGGGCAGGCUGUUGAUCGUGUCCGUGGGUCGCGGUUGCCAGCGGAAGGACCGCAACUUAACACCCUCGAAGAAGCGUUUACGAGUGAGAACUGGAUCAUUCGCAUUUACAAGGUAAAGGACCUGGACAAUGUUGGAAGAGACCAUGCCAGUGCAACGGCCUUUGACAAGGGCAACAAGAAGAAGAAGGCUUCCAAGAGAAGAAGUGCCCCUGUCCUUAGGGUGGAAUAA